UCCCAAUCCAAUUCUCACAAACCCUCACUCCUGCGUCUCUUUCCACUUCAAGCAUCCCUCUGUUUCUUCUACAUCUCUCUCUCUGUCGCUCUGUGUUCGACAGUUAUGGAGAUGGAAGUCCAUGGAACAACUUGUAGCUCUGCAACUCCUCUUAACGAGGAGGAUAUGGAGUUAAGGAGAGGUCCAUGGACGCUAGAGGAAGACGUUGUUCUAAUGAACUAUAUAUCCAGCCAUGGAGAAGGUCGCUGGAACUCACUUGCUCGCUGCGCAGGGCUCAAGAGAACCGGAAAAAGCUGCCGACUUCGGUGGCUGAACUAUCUCCGGCCGGACGUCCGGCGAGGUAACAUCACCCCUGAGGAACAACUCCUCAUCCUCGAGCUCCACUCUCGUUGGGGAAACCGCUGGUCCAAAAUUGCGCAGCACCUCCCGGGAAGGACAGAUAACGAAAUAAAGAAUUAUUGGAGGACCAGAGUGCAAAAACAUGCCAAGCACCUUCAGUGCGACGUUGACAGUAAGCAGUUCAAGGACGUCAUGCGCUAUCUAUGGAUGCCCCGCCUCAUUGAACGGAUCCGUGCAGCUUCCGCCAACUCAACCGUCGUGGAAUCGGUGGCGGAGUACGGGAACCUCGCCGGCGGUGAGCUCCCCUUCGUUGUUGGAGCCGGAUGGGGUGGGCUUGGGGAAAUCGUCAAGCCCGGACCAGAGAGCCCGGCAACCACCGUCUCCAGUAGCGGUGCCGCCGGAUACGAGGUGGCGGAGAAGGUUCCGGCCGCCGGUGAAGGAAUUCAGCUACCGCAGCAGAUAAGCGGCGGUUUGUGGCCGGAGGCGGUUAUGUCUAGCCCUGGGUAUGCCUACCAGGGGUUACCGGAAUUGGAGCAGUAUUGGGGUUUGGGAGGGGAGAUAGGGGAGAAUUUGUGGAGCAUGGAGGAUGUUUGGUAUUUACAACAAUAAGUGGGAAAAUUUUGCAAAGUUUGCCAAAUUUGACACGUGUGGGCUGGGGAUAAAAAUGACAAAAUGAAUUGUAGAAAAUACUAAGAAUAUAGAAGGGCUUAGAUUUGUAUUUGUGCUAAAGUUAUAAUGAAUAUGGGGGGAGGAAAGAUGGAUGUGGAAAUUUUAGCCAUGUUUCCAUUAAUUCUCUUAAUUUAUCCACUGUUUU